UUGAGCAGUGCGCUUGACCCCUGAUCACGCCAUAGCCAGAUCCCAUAGCUCCGUCGUCAUGAAUUCCCGACUCUUCACGGCAUGACACCUCCCAUUCCGAUCGCUUUUCGUGUGCGCUAAGGCCGCCAGUUGCUGCAUCACGGCGAGUGCUUUUCGAGGAGGAUCGUUCGUGGAUCUGGUAGCUCUGGUUUAAUCGCGAUGUGUUAAAGCCUACCUACUCAGCUUCCUAGCUGUGGAGAAUCUAUUUGUGAGGCCUUGAAUGGCGUGAUAGAGUAAUGCGAGUGUAGGGAAACCUGGCUGUCUUGUGUGCUGGAGUGCUGGAUUGAGCCGUGAGGUAAUGGUUUUGCUUUUUUGGAGGGAGUUCGUACCAGCUCUAGUGCUUGUCCACGAGUGUUGUGUGUGUUGUUUAUGCAGGAUGCUGGACGAAGUAGUGUGUAGUAGAAUGACACAGGUGAAUUUGGUAAUGGAUCAGCGGCAACAAAUCACUGAAAUAUCACUAAAAAUUGGACAUUGAAGGAGAUAAGUUAUUGUUGCCAAAUACUGAUAGGCGUUCUCUAUCCAUGUGCCUCAGUUAACAAGAGAUAUACGACGUCGCAAGAUGAACUCUGAGCAACGUAGAAAAGAGAGGCAGGCUGCAGGAGCUCUGGGGCAACCACCAGAGAUAAAAUUGAAUGAUACUUUUAAUCCAUUUCACAAUGAUAGCCGAUUUGAGGGAGGAUACGAGAUACUUAAAACUGUGCUCUUGUUGCCCGUAAUGGUGGUAAGAGUUGUAGUUUUUGUGACUUCACUUCUUUUAGGGUACUUAUUCACCAAAUUAGCACUGCUCAGAGCCAAGAAUGUAUUGACAAGUCCGUUUCCUCAGUGGCGUCGCUCAUUGAUGCUACCAGUUCGUCUGUGUGCUCGAGUGAACCUAUUUGCCUGUGGCUUUCAUUGGAUUCAUUUGAAAGGCAGUCCUGCCCCACGUCAUGAAGCUCCCAUUCUUGUGAGCAAUCAUGUGACCUUUGUGGAUCCGUUGUUUCUGUUCUUCAAGCAUCUGCCAGUAAUAGUCACAGCCUAUGAGAACCUCAACUUGCCCGUAGCUGGUGCCAUCAUUAAGGCGAUGCAGGCAAUUGCUGUCGACCGGAUUUCAAGAGAAUCCCGUCAAAGUGCAUCUGAUGCAAUCAAGCGGAAAGCUAUGUGCAAUGACUGGAGUCAUGUAAUGAUAUUUCCUGAGGCUACUACUACGAAUGGAAAACUUCUUAUUUCUUUCAAAGCGGGGGCUUUUACGCCCGGUUUUCCUGUACAGCCGAUUCUUAUUCGAUAUCCUCAUGUGCACAUGGACCCAUGCUGGGUUGCUGAGGGACCUGUUAUUUACUGGCUUCUAUUCCGACUGAUGACCCAGUUUCAUAACUUUAUGUCGGUUGAGUACCUACCUGUUAUCCAUCCGACUCUUGAAGAAACAAAAAACCCAAAUCUGUUUGCAGAACGAGUACGCCUUACUAUGGCUCGAGCAAUGAACACGUCUGUGACACAGCAUACAUAUGAGGAUGCUUAUAUGGCCAUGGAAGCAGUGAGGUUGAAGAUUGACAGUGCGUCUGCGCUUCUUGAAUUUGGGGAGUUCAAGAAGAUCUCUCCAUUCACAGUCAAAGAAGCUAAGCGAUGCUUAUCUAAAUUUCUGGCUUUGGACUGCUCGAAUAGGGGUGCCGUCACUUACAAGGACUACAUCAAAGCAGUUGACCUGCCUGAUUGUUUCCUUCUACAGCAGGUGUUCCGGUACUUCGAUCGUACUAAUAGUGGUCACAUCAAUUUUCGUCAGUACGCUACGGGAAUUGCUUUUAUAAGCGGUCAUUCAAGAUUCAAGGAAGUUGUGGAGUCAGCAUAUAACUUUUGUGGUGGUGUAGAGAAUCUAUUAGAUGAGACCGCAUUGCAUAGGAGUUUGCGUGUACUCAUGCCAUCAGUUUCAAAGCAACAGGUUCACUUGCUUUUUAACAGGAUUGACGUUAAUAAAGGUGGAUUACUUCGACAGACUGAUUUUUCUAGCUAUUGCGAUGACAACCCUGAUUUCCUACUAUUAUUUCUGAUUGGGAAAUCAAGUCUACUGUAGUCGAGGCUAUUGCACGAUUGGGAAUGACGCUACGUUUCAAGUUGUACUGGAGGGAAGAAAGCAGGAAUGAGAUGGGACUGAUUAGUGUUUUGAACACAAAAUUUUGGAGGUUCUUUGUCAAGUUCUAGUUACAACAGGUUGUGUCAAUUAAAGACGUAGAAGUAAAUGAUUCUACCACUGCUGUCGAGUAUCUUGCAAACUUUCUGCAAUGGAGGCUUGCUGCAUGCCCUGUGCUGAAUUUGCUUCCAAGCCAGUUGUGGGGUUUUGCUGUUGAGCAGGGAGCCUCUAAGGUCGGUCUCUGGUUUUCCACUCGAAGUGGGCAAGUUGUGGUCCUCCAUUGUGAUUGCAGAGGAAGGGUAUGAUGUUUAAAGACGCCUAAAUCAAUUCCUCGAAUCAGGCAUGUCUAGCUGGGUACUCUACGACAGUGGUCCAUUCUUCUGUAUCAUGUUGUACAAAUUAUAGGUGCCCUAGGCCCAGUGAUUUACAAAAGCUCAAUCGCCCAAACGGUGUGGACUUUCAAUUUUUUAAGCAAGUUCUACAUUCUUCUUAA